AUGGAAGUCAACACAGACAAAGCGUUUGUCGAGGCCGUGUUGGUGAUUAAGUCUUUAACUGAUCUCUCCAAAAAGUCAAACUUACCACGUCCUACUAUAGAUGAUCGUCUAAAUUUAUAUGGUUUAUACAGCCAGGCAACCAAGGGCGACAUCAAUUCGAAUGAGCCCGACGGAAAUCGCAUUUCUGAAGUUAGAAAGUAUAACGCUUGGAAAGCAUUCAAAGGGUUAACACGGAAAGAAGCAAGAAGACAAUAUUGUAAAUAUCUACUAGACGUACUCAAAAACAACUACUCACAGGAAAAAUACCCAAUUGUAUCACCAUUGAGAGAUAGAUUACAAGAAAUGUGGGAUAUGCUUGAAAACCACAAUCUGAGCUUGAGCAUAGGUGAAUCUGUUCAUCUAGGAUCACCGAUUCUCCCAGACUCUUUAACGCAAACGCUAACAGCAACAACCACUUCUGCCACAACUCUUCCGCCGCCGCAGCCAACCAAUGGCGUCUCGUUUAAUACGCCAUCCUAUAAUAUCCCACCGAGGGCGCAAUCACCUGCUGUUUCGUUAUUUAGGAUGGCUUCUUCUGGCAUCAAUCCGAGUAUGAUCCGGCCACCAUCAAGAAAUCAUUCUGUAAGUAUAUCAAGGAAAAACAGUGUUGGUGCCACUAACUAUAAUAACAGCAAUUCUAAUCCACUGGCAAAAGCCUCUACUAAUAUACCUACCGACUCCCACCAUGCUGAUUUGACAACAGGCAAUUCAAUCCAACAUUUUAACAAUGUGGUAGAUACAGACAACUGUGCUGUGAGCAGCUACAAUGUGGAGAAACACAUUAACUCACUAGAUUUUCUCAAAUGGCAAGGUGAAAUUAACAACACAUUAUUGAAAAUAUCAACAGAAUUGGCGAAUUUGAAAUAUCGACAAAUCAGUACAGACACCUCUUCUAAAACCAAGCUGAAUUUAGAGAAUGUUGAACAGCGGAAUUUUACAGGGUCAACAACAUUAUCAUGCGGUGGGUUUAUCUCCGACUAUAAAAGGAGAAAUGCAAAUCCAAAUGGAAGGGAAAACAAUAGCAACUACGUGAGCAGGUUGGCAAAGUUUGUCUACUCGAAGCUCUCAGCACUAUUUCAGCGCUUGCAAAACAAAUGCAUAUUGAGAUUGCAAAAUGUGAAUAUUGCCAACGCAUCCAGACACAUACUUGCCUCAAUAAUUGCAUUAUCCAUUCUAAGUGCUUUUGAGAAACUGGUUGGGAGGCUUCUUCGCAAGAGAUAUGGAACUUUUAAAGUGGGGUUCUUUGACCGAUGUAGGCGAGUCUUUUCCACAUACGCAGGCGCUUUCUCCACUGGGAGACUGUCCCCUUAG